AUGGAAGUUUCUGGCGAGGCACAUCAGCUGCUGGCAGAGGCCGAAAUCUAUGGUCGGCAGCAAGGUCGCAGCCGCAGCACCAGAAGUUCGGCGAGGGACCUGCUCGCCGGCAAGAUCGCAUCCACAGAAGAGAGGCUGCGGAUGGUCCGGCAGCGGAACGAGGCACUCCAAGUCUUAGCCCGCAACCUCGAAGAGGCCCUGAAGAGCUGCAGGCGGAACCAGGCCGUGGCACUCGCGACGCGUCUUGGGGGCGGCGGCCCGCUGCUCUUUUCUGGCUCCCGGAGCCCGCUGCCGCGCAGCCUGGAGCUUGAGCCGCGGGAGCCUGGAGAUGAAGCGAACUCGACGAGCACGAGCUCAGCGAAGGAUUGGCGCCAGCUGGCUCUCCGCAUUCCCCGCAUGCGCAAGGCCCUUGAGGCGCCUCUCGGGCCGGCGAAGGCGGAGAGGUGUUUUCUCGGCCUGCCCUUCGAGGAGUCCGAGGCUCUCUCCUGUGACUCCCCCCAUGCAGCCAAGGAGCGGAGACACUGUCGAGAGGAGUCUGUUGUGGAUGCCAGUGACGCGGACUUCGGCAUAGCUGCCGUCCUCCAUUCGCAUUUGGAUGGUGUGCGCAGCGCCCGGCUGACCCGGCGUGCAUUGCUCACGGCCGGAGAGGAUGCAUCCAUACGAGCUUGGGACAUCACCGGAGUAUCCAGGUUGCAACCUGGAUCGGAGCCCUAUGAAGACCUCGAGCCUUUUGCGUCAUACCGUGCACACUCCGGGCCGGUGUUGGCUCUCGCGGUUCCGGCUUCCGAGGAAGAAGGAGAGCUCUUCUACAGCGGAGGCAUGGACGGAGACAUCUUCUCCUGGCAUCUGCUUCGGUCGCCCUCGCCGGGAGUGGAGGACUGCAGGCAGGUUGGUCAGCACCAAAGGCUCCGAGGGCAUCGCGACGCUGUCUGGUGCCUCGACUUACAACAGAGACUUGGUCUGCUGGCCAGUGCCGGUGGUGACAAGAUGGUGCUGCUUUGGAAGGUCAAUCCGGGUCAGCAACAGGGCGGCUUGGUCUGCGAGCCACAGGCUUUGGAGCUGCCUCCAGCCGGCUUGGAGCACAGCUUUGGUCCGCCGACAGGCUUGGCUUGGGGUCCGCGUGACAAAGCCGUCCUGCUUUGCGCAAGCAGUUGGGCGGCGAGCUGCUGCGGAAUGGAUGUCGAGCGCGGAGCUCCGAUUUACGGCGGCACCGUAACACAUGAGGACCCCGUGCUGUGCAGCUCCCGCCCCGAGAAGACACGAACAUCCACUCGGUGCAGCUUGAAGCAGACAUCGUCGCAACCGCCGGUGCGGAUGCCACCGUGA